AUGACUGUACAUAAUCAACCAUAUUUUGCUCAACAAACACCAUUCAACAGCAAUUUGCAGAGAACCAACACCAUGAUGAUGAAGAAUAAUAACAUGCCAAUGGUCGUUCCGAUCAAAAUGAUCAUCAAGAAGAAGGUUCUAAAGAACAAGGCUUCUGGUUUUGCCAAGCCACCAAAACCAACUCUUCUUCUUCACGAAGAUAGUGUUUAUCAAGGACUCUCCUUUGAAACAUUCACCCAAAACGUUCAUCGCUUAUUGGGUGAAGAAGUCGCCAAAAUGAAAAUUAAAGUAAGACUCAACGAAAAGAAGAAAUUCAAAGCCAUUCGUGAUGAGAAGAAGUGGAACAAGAUUGUCGUUGAGAAUUUAUUGGCUAACUUCAAUGGAUCUCCAAUUGAGUUCAAGAUUAUUGUUAAGCUCGCUGCUUCCGACAACAACAAGGCUGUCAUUCCACAACAACAACCCAUGCAACAACCAUCAUAUGUUGCUGUCAAUUCUAACGUGAUGAGACCAUCUUGGGUUGGUGAGGCAAAGAAAGAUGUUGUCACUGUCUGCAAUCCAAACUUGAUGAUGAUGAAGAGCGAAUCAUCAUCAGCACCACCAUCCAAUAUGGAAGAACAACAACCAGUUCAAUAUCCAUCGCUCAAUUGCAAGAGACUGGUCACGAGAAUAAUGAUAAAAGCUGAAGUUCAGCUAUUGAAAUCUCAACUUAAGUUGAAGAAACAAGAUUUGAAGAACUAUAAGAAGGAAAUCAAGAUGAAGAAGAAGGAUCUUGCCUCUCAAAACGUUGAACAAGUUGGUAUGGAAAAUUGUGCCACUACUGAAAGAAUUUAUCCCACUCUCGUUUCAUCCUCAGAUUUUGAACAGAAGAUUCGUAAACACAAGCAUCAUCACGGCAAGGAAUUGAGUGCUGAGAAGCUCUUGUGGAAGCAACAAAAAAAGCUUGAAAAAGAGAAGAAAAAGCUCGAUAAAGAUUCUCAAAAACAACUCAAGAGAGAGCUUAAAUUGAAGAGGCUUGAACAUAAGGAAACAAUGCGUGCUCAAAUUGCACUCAACAAACAAGAUGACAUUGACCUUAGUAAUGGUGAGAUUUUGAACAUCCCAUACAAUGUGACACAAGUCUUCAUUGAUGGAAACAACAUGUUCUUCAUGACCAAAACAAUGAGAGAUCUCAUCUUGAAGAAUAAGGAUAAGGUAAUGGUUGAAAAGUUGAUCAUUCAUAUUGCUCAAAAGUUUGCUCGAAUUCUCUCAGAUAAUCGCCAACCUCUAAAGAUGUUACAUAUUUGCUUUGAUUCAGCAAGCCUUCAAGUCGUUUGUGUGAAGGAUACAUUUGUUGUAUCCAGCGCCGCUCAACAUGGCUUCACAACUGCUGACGACAUGCUUGUGGACAUGGCAAUGAGACAGAAUGUAGCUGGUUCCGUGGAUUCUUGUCUUUUUGUAACCUCCGAUUUGGCAUUGAGAGAAAGAUUGAGAAACUCAGGAGCAAAAUGUAUUGGAUCUGGCUCUUGGAUGAAAUCAUGCUAUCAAAAGCUUUGUGUGAAUACAGAGCUUCAAUCCUUGGAUGAUUGGAUGGCUGUUGAAUUGAAAGAACUCAAUUACACUCUCUAA